UGUUUUUUCAAUUUUUAUGGAAGGAGUCUCUAGUGUCAAAUGGAGAAAUCUAUCUAGGUGUGUAUAGGGUUAAUAAAAAUUAGCAUAGUGCAGUUUCCUUUAACACGGAGAAAUACCAGUGCUGUGAUGGGGUGGAAGCUGUGUGUUGGAAGAGUGAAAACACCCAUACGUGUAGAGGUGUGACAUGCCCGGUGUAAAGUCCCCACCUAACAUCAGUGUGCUGACUCGCCUCACAACACAGUAGAGAAUGUUCCAGAUGGCUUUCAGACUCCACAUUGUUCCAGAACGAGCCGAAGAUCAACAAACAGCAGCAGUAGGAACACACACCACGAACGCAGCUGCAAGAUCCUAUCCUGACCUAACAUCUGUACACAAUGGCCAGUGAAGAUCCUGAAAAAAACGCAGCACUACAGGCCUCAGGAGAGUCCACUUUAAAAAAAGCAACCAAAAAAGCACGAAAGCAAAUCGACCAGUUAUUUAAUAUCUCACUUCACAUCGCUGUAACUGGAGAAUCAGGCACAGGAAAGUCAUCUUUUAUCAACGCAAUCAGAGAGCUGGACAAUGAUGAAGAAGGUGCAGCUAAAACUGGAGUUACUGAAACCACAACAGAACCAACACCUUACGAACAUCCCACAAUGCCCAACGUGAUGCUUUGGGACCUACCUGGAAUUGGAACUCCAAAGUUUAAGGCUCGGAAAUACCUUAAAGAAAUGCAGUUCAACAGGUACGACUUCUUCAUCAUUGUCUCAUCCGAGAGAUUCAAAGAGAAUGACAUCAUGUUGGCCCAAGAGAUCAGAAAAAGAAAAAAGCUAUUUUAUUUUGUGAGAUCUAAGAUAGACAAUGAUAUUCGAGCAGAAGAAACAAAAAAGAGCUUUAACAAGGAAGAAACACUCUCACGAAUCAGAAGCAACUGCCUGGAAAACUUGAAGCAAAUUGAAAAUCCAAAUGUUUUCCUUAUUUCCUCAGAGGAUAUUAAAGCGUUUGAUUUUGAAAAGCUCAUUGAAACUCUGAUGUCAGAUCUCCCACAGCAUAAACAGUCUGCUCUGCUGCAGUCAGUGCCCAUCACCUCCGUGGCUAUGCUAAAGAAAAAGGUGAAAAUGUUUGAGAAAGCAGCAUGGGCUGCAGCCCUUUGCUCAGGAGUCAUUGCAGCAGCUCCAGUACCUGGUCUCUCAGUGGCAUGUGAUGCGAGCAUUUUAGUGGCUUUCUUUACAAGGUGCUACUACUCCUUUGGCCUUGAUGAUAAAUCACUUAAAAAACUCUCAGAACGAAUUAAUAAGCCCCAGUUGGAAUCUUUCAUAAAAUCACCUCUUGUAUUGGCUUUGACGACGAAAUCCACCGCGAGACUGUCGCUGUCUGCUUUAGCCGGAGGAGCAGCGCUGGAGUAUCUAUGCAGCUUGGUGCCUGGUGUAGGAAGUGCUACAGCAGCGGGGAUAUCUUUUGUUUGUACAUUAAUGCUUUUGAAGAAUGGCGUGAAAGAGCUUGAAAAUGCAGCACUGAUGGUGCUGAAAGAGGCGGGGUUACAGUGACAAUGGAGCGCUGACAUGGAAGUAAAAAACGAAGUAAUAAAAAAAUGGAAUGACCGUGUUUCAAAUUGAAUCAGAAGCAGAACGUUUGGCUCACAAACUAAACCCUUUUUGUGUUUUUUGUAAAAAGCUAUAUGACAAUACUUGGUUAUAAUCACUGAAGAAUCUAUCAAGAGUUUUAUUUAGGACAUUAGCUAAAAUAUUCUCAAUGUUUUAUUAUGGAUUAGCACUAAGUGCUAUUCAGCUAAAUGAACACAUUCAAAUAGUGUAACUCUAGAACAGUGGUCACCAACCCUGCUCCUGGAGAUCUACCUUCCUGAGGUUUCAUGUCCAAGCUGAAUCUAACACACCUGUUUUAACUGAUCAGGAACUUCUUAAGGCGAUGAUUAGCGGUCAGGUGGGCACCAUUAUGGUUGGAGCUAAAGUAGAUCUCCAGGACCAGGGUUGGUGAUCACUGAUCUAGAAGGUCCUUAUGAUGUGGUGUCUUGUCAGUAAAUGUAAAUGAUGUUAAGUGGUGAUCAAGCCUGCAGUAACCAGACACAUGUAUGCAUCUCAUCUCAGCUCUGUUUGUACUAGAGAGAAAUCGAAGGCACACGAGUCUCUUGAUGCUUGUGGGCAUGUUCAAGACAUAAUGUUUUAUGUUUACAGCAUAGAGAACAUUGUAGCACCGUUAGCUAGUUUAACAUAUCCAUUUUAGGCAACUGCUCACUAAGAAUGUUACCUUGAUGUGCAGUUUUGUAGAUGUGCAGUGCAUAGAAAAUUAAUACAUACCCCCUUUAACUCUUUCCACAAGUAGUUGGCCUAUAAGGCGAAUAAAUGUAAAAUUUUCCUUGCUUUUUUCUACACACAACACACAACAAUGAAGAAUUCCUAACAUUAUUUAAACGGAAAGAGCUACAUUUGAUCAGUAUACAGCCCCUUUACUAUAAAAUCCCUUAAACAAUCUCAGGAAUCACCAGUUGCCUUCAGGGUCACAGUCACUUACUUUCCCAACACCUGUGUGGAAUCACAGCAAUGGACUAAUAGCUUGAAUAUAAACAGUUGUUUACUUUGUCCAUAUUCACACAAUGGCAGCAGCAGCAUGAGCUUCAAAGACCUCCCAGAACAUCUCUGGAUGCGUACACAUCAGGUGAAGGAUAUAAAAAGACUUAGGGUUAGGGUUAGCUUUACUAAGAUUCAGUUUUAUAAAGUUAGAAUGCAUCCAGUGUUUGAUAUCAUGAGUAAAAUGCAAUAAAAUGAACCUUUAUUGAUUCAAAUUGACACAGCAGCACAAGAAGGAUGAGUGACAGCAAAGAAAAAAAGGAAGAAAGAAAAUAAUUUCCAUAAAUACCUAUACAAUAGAAAUAAUAGAAACAAUAAAACAGAUCUGUGUGUGUACGUAUGUGAGAGCUGUAUUUGUAUGCAGUUGCAAUCAAAAUUAUUCAACCCCCAUUGCAAAUCAGAUUUAUUGUCAAAAUGUACAGAUUUUCAGCUGCUUUGCCUCCUCUGGCACUGGAAACCUGCAGCAUGUGGAAGGUGAGAUGGAUUCACUGAAGUAUCAGGAAUCCCUAGGAGAAAACAUCACGCCGUCUGUGAGGAAGCUGAACCUUGGGCGUCAUCGGACCUUCCAACAGGACAACGAUCCCAAACAUACCUCAAAUUCCACCAAGGCUUGGUUGCAGAAGUCCUGGAAGAUUCUACAGGGCCGUCACAGUCACCUGACUGGAACCCCAUAUAAAAUCUCUGGUGGGAUUUGAAGAAGGCUGUUGCAGCACACAAACCCAAGAAUAUUACUGAACUGGAGGCCAGUGCUCAUCAGGAACGGGAGAAGAUUCCUCAGGAACGCUGCAGAAGCUCUGCAUGUCGUUUGCAGCAGGUCAUAACAGCAAAAGGAGCUCUACUAAAUACUAAAGAUGCUCGCCAUGAAGGGGGUGAAUAAUUUUGAAACCGGAGAAAUCCUUAUAAGUUGCAUUUUCCAUUGAAUUUGGGGAAACCACUUGAAGUAUUCCAUGUGUUGAACUAUUUCAAUUGCUUUUGUUUGAUUUGUUCAUCGCAAACAGCUGAAAGUCUGAACAUUUUGACAAUAAACCUGAUUUGCAGUGGGGAUUGAUUAAUUUUGGAAUGCAACUGUAUGUACAUGUGCAAUAUCCUCAGUGUUUAUAUACAUGUGCACGAUCUGGGAAAUGGCAAUUAACUGUUGAGUGUAUGUUUUUUUGAGACUCAAUCAGUGGAGUAGGAGGCACUGGGUAUUGUUGCAUUGUGGAGUCUGAUGGCUGAUGGCAUGAAAGAGCCCCCAGACAUUUUGAGGCAUGUGGCUGGAUGAAUCUGUGGCUGAAUGUGCUCCUGAGCUUCCUCAGCUCAGCAUAGAGAGGAUGAAAAGGACUGUCCAUGAUAGCGUUCAGCUUCCUUUUCGUCCUCUUCUCAAUCACUUCCUCUACUCUGUCAAGUUCCAUCCCUACCACAGAGGUGGCCUUCCACACCAACUUGUUUGGUCUAUUGGCACCACAAGUCCCAAUGCCACCUCCCCAGCACACCACAGCAAGGAAAAUAACACUGGCCACCACAGACUGGUAAAAAAUCUGUAGCAGCCUAGAGCACAUAUUAAAGGACCUGAGCCUCCUCAGAAAGAACAUCCUGCUGUGUCCUUUCUUAUAGAGGACCCCAGUGUUGUCUGACCAAUACAGUCUGUUAUUGAGUUGCACCCCUAGGGACUUGUAGGUGUCCACUAUUUCCACUCCCUCCCCCCUUAUAGUGAUGGGGGGAGGGGUGCUGGCUGCGCCGGAUGUCCACCACCAGCUCCUUGGUUUUCCUGAUGUUGAGCUGGAGAGUUAGAGAGCUAGAGAGUUGUCACACCAUCUUAUAAAGUUUUUGAUAAGGUCUCUGUACUCCUCCUCCGUAUCAUCAGCGAUACAGCCAACAAUACAGGAGUCACCCAAAAACUUCUGGAAGUGGCACGUUCCUGAAUUGAAGCAGAAGUCAGAGGUGUAGAGGGUGAACAAGAAUGGAGACAGUACAUAUCCCUGUGGUGCUCCAAUGUUGCUAGUCACCACGUCUGACAAGCAGCCCUACAGCCUGAUGUACUGCAGCCUGUCAGUGAGGUAGUCUGUAAUCCAGGCCACAAGGUCAUGGUCCACCUGCAUCACAGAAAGCUUCUCAGCUAGCGGCAGUGGCUGAACCGUGUCAAAAACACUAGUGAAAACAUGAUCCUCACAGUACUUUGUGGCCUCUCCAGGUGUGUGUAAGGUCUUUGAAGCAGGUAGAUGAUGGCAUCCUUCACAUCAAUAUCAGCCUGGUAUGCAAACUGCAGCUGAUCCAGGCAGUUAUGUACCAUGCGCCUGAGGUGCUGUAAGCCUCAAUGUACUAACCAGUUGCCAUAAUUAUUAAUUAUACUUACACGUGUCACAUGAUAACCAUGCAAAUUGUAGUUUCAUAGCUUCAAUCCAUAAUGUGCAAAAGGUUGUGAAUUCAUUGUUACCUUCUAAAUAAUGCUGCUAAAGUGCUUCAAUGAUUGUAUUGUUUAUGUGAGUAUAUUUUGGAUGUGAUUGUGCUACAAUAAAGUGUUCAAAUGUUUUGUC